AUGGUCGAACUCAUCUCCCCUCCGGAUCCUCGCACCCUACUCCCUCCUCUGCUGGCUUGCCUCCCUACUGCUUUUGUAUCGCCAUUGCCCCCGCCUGCACUUCUGCCUCUCCUAUCGCCUGUGCUACGCCAGCGAGUUCAGGUUCUGAGUUCCCUUGCCGCCUCUCCGAGCGAAUCAUGGCUGCGACUGCUUUGUUGGGAUUCUGGGAAGGCUGAGCGUCUUCAGACGAUAGUGGACGAGACCAGCUUUGAACCACACCCAGUGUCCGGGGAGAUUGAACUGCCCGAUGAAGUCCCUGUGGAAUAUAAGCGUGUGGAUGAGGAGACGCUACAAUCCCGCGUUCUUCUCUCGGACUAUCGUUUAAAGGCCAUCUAUCUCUGGUGUCCUAAUGACAAGGAUGGUGGAGGUCCCGGGUGGCGAAUCGCAGAACUUCUGCCCCACGAAGACAGUAGGGCAGAUGGCGAUGUAUGGUCGGCAUCGAUAGGGGAAGCCAACUCUCACUCCAAGGAACGGCUGAUAGAGGAUACUUUAAGAGCAGCGGAGAAAGAGGAGGAAGCCGCUAAAGACGAGGAAGACGACGACGACGACGAUGGUUACUGGGCUCAGUAUGACGCUACACCUGGGAGGACCCCAUCGGUGAAAACGCCCGCUCCUAAUGCACGGUCGGGGCUUCAGCACCAGGACAUGUCGGAGGCGUCCUACUUUUCGCGAUAUGCCGAUGUGCAGCCGGCGAUGGACAACCAUGACCCGUCGGAAGAACAGCCGGAACUCGGACCAUCUUCGCUGGGCGGAGAUCUGCUGGCCAACCUCCUUAAACCUCAUGCUGAUAAUGAAGCAUCCGAGAACCCACUGCAACUUAAUGGUCAUGGAGACACCGACAGGGCAUUGAACCAUCCACGACCGUCAUCGGCCUCCUCUAACAGUUCGGAGGCUGUUGCCAAGCUCGAGUUAGAGGCGGAAAACCAGUCAGCAUGCGAAGUAGGCGUCAAGCAGCAUAUCAGCUCUAACAUCAAGAGUCUGUUCCGGCUCGCUAGAGCCACAGGGAUUACGCGCGCCGAGUUUCAGUCGCUCGUGAGAACGGAGCUGGAAUUGUUGAAUGUGUCUGAUGACGAUUAG